UUCAGUGUUUCUCCGAAGCGAGAUGACGAGUUUGUGGAUUUUCGUAAACGCGAUCGCGCUGCUCGCGGCGAGUGUCGUCUCCGCGAAGGUGGCCCCGGAAGUGCUGGAUGUUUUGAACGAGGAAUUGCAAGAUCUCGACUUUCCGGAAGCGCUUAAUUUGACGAGUUCUGAUUUGGUUCUGAGAGAUGAACAUCCGCACGCGAAUAUGAAUGUCCCGGAGAUCGUAGCUUACUAUGAAUACAAAGUGGAAAAACACACGAUUCGAACGACCGAUGGCUACAUUCUCGGACUCCACAGAAUUGCGGGAAACAAGACUCAUCCGAAGCCAGAUGGAAAACCAGCUGUGUUCCUAAUGCAUGGACUUCUUUGCAGUUCGAUGGAUUGGGUCGUCGCUGGUCCUGGAAGGGGUCUAGGUUUUAUUCUGUCGGAUGCCGGUUACGAUGUUUGGAUGGGAAACGCCAGGGGUAACAAAUACUCUCGCAGACAUGCUGAACUGACGACCGAUGGCGCAGAGUACUGGGACUUCAGUUGGCAUGAAAUCGGCACGAAGGACUUGCCAGUAACGAUCGACUACAUUCUGAAGAGAACCGGGCACAAGAAGGUCGCUUACAUCGGUCACAGUCAAGGAAGUACCGCAUUUACGGUGAUGCUGAGCGAACACCCCGAAUACAACGAAAAGGUCACUUCCAUGUAUUCGCUUGCUCCGAUUUCUUACUUGUCCCACAUGACCAGUCCGGUGUUCAAGACUCUUGCGCGACUUAUGCCUGUCAUAGACAUUGUCCUGGGUCUCAUUGGCAAACACGAGAUCGACCCUACGAGUGAGUUCUUUAAGAAAUUCGCCGGAAUCUUUUGUAAGGACGGUAGCAUCACAAACCCGGUUUGCACUAAUGUUAUUUUUCUGAUAUGCGGCUACAGUGAAGAAUUAUUGGACAAGGAAUUGCUACCAGCAAUUCUGGCUCACACUCCAGCUGGAUCAAGUACCAAGCAGUUCACUCACUUUGCUCAACUAGUGAAUUCAGGACACUUCCGUCAAUUCGAUCACGGCUGGUGGGGUAAUUUCAAGAAAUAUUCGAGAUUCACUCCCCCCUCGUACAAAUUCGAAAACGUGAAAGUUCCCGUGGCCCUUCAUUACGCCGUCAAUGAUUGGCUCUCUCAUCCCAAGGACGUGGAGAAGAUUUACUCAAAGCUGCCAAAUCCGAUCGGAAAGUUCCGGGUUCCUCACGAAAAAUUCAAUCACCUGGACUUUGUAUGGGCGAAGGGUGUGAAAACUCUGCUCUACGACAAAGUUCUAAGCUUAUUGGCACGAUACCAUCGCGAUUAUUGAGUGUUUAAUCAGUAUUUAAUAUAGCUAUAAUUUAGAUAAUAAUGAAACUAGUCGACGAUGCUUUAGCAACAAGUCAUUUAAUAUUAAUUUUACUCUAUUAAAAUAUGUACGCCUAUAUAACAAUGUUAGUAUUAAUUUACUAGAAUAAAACAAAAAUUCAACCAAAA